AUGAUGACGUCGUCUCUUUUCUUCUUACAUAAUAAUUCAACUAAGCUUUUUAAAGCCGCUAAUAUCUUGCGACAGCCAGUUCAUACUGCCGGGCACAUCCGUGUCCUCAAAGCUAUGGGAAAUGGAGGCAGCAAUGCCAUUAUUAUCACCACUACGGUUUUCUUGGGGGUUUCCCUAGUCACUGUCAGUCUCCGCUGUUUUACUCGGUUGAAAAUUGCAAAGUCUUUUGGGUCCGACGAUGCAUUGAUGGUAACGGCAGCAGUAAGUAAUUCUGAAAAAGUGCCCCUAAACUACUCAAUCACCAAACUCAAAUAUGCGCAGGUGUUUAAUAUAGCGUUUGCUAUAUGCGGAAUCGUGGGCGCCGUAUACGGGAUGGGAAAGGUGCCGGCGUUUUUAAGUCAUAGACCGGACGAUGUUCGCCGCGGCCUGCUGUGCUGGUGGCUAGGACAGAUAUUAUACGUAUUUACUUGCACCAUUGCUAGGCUAUCUAUUGCCACCACCUUUCUUCGCCUCACGGUCGAGCGAAUCCAUUCGUGGAUUCUUUACGGUGUUAUGAUGAUUUCGACGGCGGUGGGAACCGUUUUCCUUUUCUUCACGAUCUUUCAAUGUCGGCCAGUUGCAUACUAUUGGAAACAAUCAUCAACAGAAGGCCGAUGCCUUGACAUCAACAUUCUUCUUGGUAUCGUCUAUAUGUACAGUGGGGUAGCGGCAGCAUGCGAUUUUACUCUUGGGUCUCUGCCUAUUUUUAUGUUUUGGAGGCUUCAAAUGAAUCGUGGAACGAAAUUUGUUGUGUCGGGAAUUCUGGGACUUGCUUGCAUGUUCGUAUGCUCUGCUUGCUCUCCCAUUCUCGAGCUUAUGCUGAUCAUAGGAAGAGCUAGCAUCGCUGUCAUAAUACGCAUCCCAUUUCUGCAUUACGCAGGUAGACCAGACUUCCUAUGUGAGUUGAUUCCAUCGCCCAAACCGUCAACUUCUUAA